AUGACCGUCGGCAGGGAGAAGCUGAUAAAGGAGAUGACAGACAAGACGGGCGCCGCGGUGGAGGGCGACGGCGCGGCCCUCCAGGACGAGCUGCUCCAGCAGCUGGACAGCACCGCGCGCACCAACCAGCAGCUGCGCGACAUGCUGGGCAAGUUCCAGGCCUACUUCGCCUCCCAGGGUGUGGUGGCGCCCAGGGGGUCCGGCAGCCGGUCAUGGACGCCCAGUUUCGGUUUCCCGCCGCCCGAGCGAUCCAGCGGCGAGGCGCAGGAAGAUGCCCGUCCAUCGCCCUUCGCGGCUCAGUUACGCAGCGUGGGCACCGCGGCAUUGGCUGACGAGCUGCUGCAGGAGGUACAGCAAGAGAUCGUGCAGGAGGGCGGGGCGCAGGCGGCCCCCGACGCGCAGCAGGGCGCCGCGUCGCCCUUCGGACCCGCCUGGUCCGCGUCGGGUGGCAACGCCGGGGGCCACGGCGACCUGCCGGACGUGUGA